UUCACAACUGUGAACAGAAAAUGUUGCUAGCAAGUCUGUGCGCCAUCUGCACCAUAGCCUAUCUGGGCAUUGCGGCUAACGCACAAGCACCUACCAAUGGCACGAGCGUAGACAUUGAGAAACAGCUACAGUACGGACAGGCGGCAAGGUUGAACGUACAGAAUGCGAUUUCCGAAAAACUGCCACCAACUGGUCUUCCUGAAGGCCAGGUUGUGCUAGAGAGCUUCGAGACAGGUCUCAGAUCCUGCGAUGAAGAGCUGCGGAAAACGCUCAAGACUACCGAGUACCACGUAUGCGUUAAUGAAUUGCUUGGUAUGGCCAUGGCAUCGCUUGGCGAUCUAGCCGGCAAUCUGUGGCCUGCAUAUGCCGGCAAAUCGGGCGCAUCCCGCCCCACACUCUUCUGGUGAUGGCACCGGAGUACACAAAAGUGGAAUUGCAUUUAUUUUUGAAUUGGUUGCGUAGUAUGGUUUCGCCUUAUGUCUAAAUAAAUGUUGAUAUUCAUAGAAAACUACUUAAUUUAAAGAGGAAGUUAAAAAUUGGUUGGAAUUGGCAUAUCCGAUGCUUAGCACCUACCUGCUUAUAUAGCUAAGAACAAAAUAUACGACUUAAAAAAAUAAAGAAAUAAAUGUGAUGUAUUGAUGA